CGCCGGCACGAUAGAUACUCUAUCGACUCUCUCACUUGCCCCCAAAAGGCGGAAGAAUACAACUCUGUUCAAGCUCUCCUUCCUCGUUUCUGCCGUGUGUCUCUCUCUCCUCUCUCCUCUCUCCUCUCUCUCUCUCUAUAUAUACAUACACACACAUAUACAUAUACUGUUGCUUGACUACUCUCUCUCUACUUUUCUCUGUAUUUGACGCUUGCGGUUGUUCCACGACUAUUCUAAUAUGGCUUCGGGAGAUGAGAAGAAGGAGGUGUUCGAUGCAGAAGCUGCGGCUUCAGUGGUGAAGGAGCUCAGAGGCACGUUCGCGUCCGGCAAGACGAGGAGUUACGAAUGGAGAGUUUCGCAGUUGAAGAGUAUGUUGAAGAUGACUGAAGAUCGCGAGAAGGAGAUCGUCGACGCUCUUCGUUCCGACCUCUCCAAACCUGAACACGAAUGUUUCGUCUACGAGAUUGCUCUGCUGAAAUCCGCACUUACUUUGGCACUCAAGGAACUCAAGCGGUGGAUGAUGUCAGAAAGGGUAAAAGCCUCAAUAACUACAUUUCCUUCAUCAGCAGAAAUAGUGUCAGAACCAUUGGGCAUCAUACUGGUCAUAUCAGCAUGGAACUAUCCUUUCUUGUUAUCACUUGAUCCAGUCAUUGGAGCUGUUGCGGCUGGUAAUACUGUGGUUUUAAAACCAUCAGAAAUUGCUCCAGCUACAUCCUCAUUGCUUGCAAAACUCGUAGGGGAAUAUAUGGACAGCUCUGCAAUCAAGGUUGUGGAGGGGGCUGUUCCAGAAACAACUGCAUUACUGGAGCAGAAGUGGGAUAAAAUAUGCUAUACAGGCAAUGGAAGAGUGGGUCGCAUUGUGAUGGCCGCUGCUGCAAAGCACCUUACACCUGUACUUUUGGAGCUUGGAGGAAAAUCUCCUGUGGUUGUUGAUUCAGACCUCAAUCUAACAGUUGCAACCAGGCGGAUUAUUGUAGGCAAGUGGGGAGGCAAUAAUGGGCAGGCGUGUAUUUCUCCUGAUUACAUUAUAACAACAAAAGAUUUUGCUCCAAAAUUGGUAGAUGCAUUGAAACUUGAAUUAGAGAAAUUCUUUGGGAAAGAACCGAUGAAAUCAGAAGACAUGUCUCGCAUUGUGAAUUCCAACCACUUUUCUCGCUUAACAAAACUCUUGGAUGAUGAGAUGGUUUCUGAUAAGAUCAUUCAUGGAGGUCAAAGGGACAAAACCAGCCUAAAGAUUGCUCCCACCAUUUUGCUGGAUGUCCCAGAAGACUCUCUGAUCAUGACUGAGGAGAUUUUUGGCCCCUUACUUCCUAUUCUCACGGUUGGGAAAAUAGAAGACAGUUUUGACAUGAUUAAAUCGAGACCAAAGCCACUUGCUGCAUAUUUAUUUACCAACAACAAGAAGCUCAAGGAGGAAUUUGUGAAAAACAUCACUGCAGGGGGUGUGUGCAUCAAUGAUAUAGCACUACAUCUUGCAGUUCCAACUUUACCAUUUGGAGGAGUUGGGGAAAGUGGAAUAGGUGCAUACCAUGGUAAAUUCUCUUUUGAUGCUUUUAGUCAUAAGAAGGCAGUUCUAUUCCGAAGUUUUCUUGGUGAUGCACCUGCGAGGUAUCCCCCGUACACGCCUGGGAAACUGAGACUGCUGAAGGCUCUACUAAGCGGCAAUAUAUUUGGCAUCAUCCGUGCUUUAUUCCGGUUGUAAGAUUUAAAUCUGCAACGAAGCUCCUUCCUCCAAGAAGCUAAGGUUACUGAAGGAUCCGCAAAGUGGCUGUAUAUUUUUCGUCGUUUGGGCUUUAUACAUGUCUCAUGAGGUAAGCAAAUAACCAUGCAUAAUGUCAAUUGUAGCAUUCUCCAAUGCAAGUUUCCUGCAUCUCUUUGUAUUCUUUUCCAAAGAAGAAUUUUAUGGCACUUGAGAAGUUCAGUUUUUACUCUUCUGGUCCUAAUUUGAAUCAAGUAUUACAAUCAAGCACCAUCUUCUCUUGGCAUCAAUUUAAGUAUUUCUGAUCA